CGAGAAGAAAAGCUGCUAACGUGAGUUUCUAUCAGCCGAAUAGCUAGGUAACUCAUUUAUCUUACAUUCGUCUGGGAAAUCUUAGGCAGCCCGACGAAAAGAUUCAAAUCGUCACCAUCUUACAGACGAGAAACACCACGAGCAAGUUAUUUCAUUCAAUCAAUCUUGACAGACCUACUAAUAUUGAAUAACCCUCAUUAAAUAAAAUUGACAGCGUUAAUCAUGUCGUUAAUAUGGUCGUUCAGGAACAAAGAUCAGGGCAUGCUGUCGCCUCUCCGCGAAGUGCGUGAGUCGGGUGCGAGGCCACGAUCAUAGACGUGUCCGGACCUCGACGUCUGGAAACGACAAUAUGUAGACAGGAAAGCGACCACACGGACGCUGCAAGAGCAGGAGAAGCUACAGUAGGCUCCUUCGAACGUAACGAAUAUAGACCCUCGUUCGCUCGGCAAGGCGAGGAGAGUUUUAUACUAGGCCGGGUUUUACACCUCGAAAAUCGCGCAGGAGCAAGCCUGCAUCGCUGCCACGAUCACACGAGACGACGAAGCAAGCCUUUUUUUUCGCUUCACGACCAGCUUCGCAGACCAGGUUUGGCUCUGACGACGCAGAUAAGUGUACUUAUGAAGUAUCCAGUCUCCUGUUCUCGACCACAGACCACUGACUGCAUCGAAAGAAAAUCGCAAGAAUCACAUCACGACGUGUCGUCCCGGUAAAAGAAACCCAAUAAAGAUAUACCACCAUACCACCAAUUGUUCUUUCUUCUACUGCUGCGUGGAGACUUAGCCAUCGAUGUCGUGGGAAACUUUGCGAGCCGUCUAAUUGCUAGAGGACCACUCUGACAAGAUGGAUCUAGCAACGAAUCCUUGCAAUGAGAUUCUCUACAUUGCCUUCAACCAGGACCACACGUGCUUCGUCUGUGGAACCGAAAAUGGAUUUCGUGUGUACUACCUUUUGAAUCACUUUUUUUUCCACUUGUUUUUUGAUGCACGAAUACCGAUGUACUAGUUGUAGUUAGUAUGACGAAUUUGUAGCAUGGUAGUAGGGUAGUCACGAAGAAUCAACGGUCUCUGCACAGGUAUUUUUGUCGUAUGAUUCAGAUAGCACGAUGAAGAUGAUUCAACCGCAUGAAGGUACAACACGGACCCAUUUCGGCUCACGUUUCGGCGGGAGUUCGAAGGAGGCGGGGGGCUGUGCAUCGUAGCAAUGCUCUUUCGAUGCAAUAUCCUCGCCUUAGUAGGGGGUGGCGUAAAUCCGAGGUUUCAGCCACACAAGGUUUAUGUUGAAAGGCUUUUUUCGUAGAACAGUAACAGAUAGGUUGGUAACUACACCGCUUCUAGGUUUUGUGACUCCUGUGCUACUAUUAUUUUCUUGAGUCUCGACGUAGUUUUAGAAUCUAUUAGAACGAACAAGAAGUUGCGCUUAUGACUGGGUAGUCCUCUCAGACCUUUCAUGUCGCGAUGAUUUGGGACGAUAAAACGCCGCGUUGCAUAGCAGAGCUGAGCUUCCGAUCACAGGUUAGGCAGGUAAAGCUGCGCCGAGAUAUCGUGCUUGUCAUGAUCGAUAGGAAAGUGUACUUUAGAAGUUUACCUUUGGAAUUGGAUUCAUUUCUUCUAAAGGGCGAAGCUUGUGGAGGCUAGUAUGUAUUAAGUAUCUACUUCUACUAGUACAACAAGAACUGCCUCAGGCAGCUCAUGUCUCAUGUGCUGUCCUGUUAUAUGAUUUCGUCUUUUUUUGGGACCGAUAGAUACGUACCAUGACCAUGCACUUGAUGAAUUUGCAUACAACUUAGGUACAUAUACCGGUUUUCUGACUUGACGCUGAUAGACCAUAUAGAGACGUUUCCGAACCCGAGAGGGAUAUGCACUCUCUCAGCUGCCCAGGAUAGGACUGUGCUAGCCUGCCCAGGUGUACAGAAGGGGAAGAUACUCGUAGUUUUCUACGAUCAACAAAAGAUACAAGCGGCGCAGUCAGGCAUGAAUCAGGAAAAGGAUGGUACUACUACUAAGGUCAUGAAUAGAAUUCUUCAGAAAAAUUAUAUAUAAGAUAGAGGAUUCUCGUCACCUACAGACACUAAGUAACUAUCUUCCAGGUAGUGACUUCACGAGAAUGCAGAAUUGUAGGGAGAAGACGACGCUGAUAACCGCGCAUGAAUCCAAAGUAUCCACGCUCGCGCUCAAUUUCGAAGGAACCCUUGUUGCGAGUGCGAGCGACAAAGGCACGCUUGUGAGAAUGUACUUCUAUGAAUCGUUCUUGUGGUCUAGAGCUUUUUUAUUUUAUUUGCUACUAGCUACUUGCUUCCCAGCGCUUCAAAAAAUUCAAAGGGUAUGAUAAUGAUUGAGCAGCUCUCUCUAAUCAUCAUCAGUUUUUGCUUAGUACAGAGAUGCAAGAACGUCGAUUUCGCAUUCUCUCCUUCUUGAUUAACGAACAACAAAAAGAAAAAUGGUAAGCAUACCAACUAGAUUCGAUGCUGAGACGGGUGGCCUCUUGCAAGAAUUGAGACGUGGAGUAGAUAGAGCGGAUGUACAGUGUAUCACGUUCAAUCAGAACAGUCAGUGGUUGGUCCUGAGCUCUGACAAAGGAACGAUUCACGUCUUCGCUGUGCGAGAAGCAGUGACGAAUCUCGCGUUAGGCGAACCAGGUAGCUACUAACUUACUUACCUACCUACUUUGCUUGUAAAAAUAUUGAUGUUAGUGACAGGGCAAGAUGUUGUUAAGAAUUGGUAGUGUCUAAACCCAUAUUCUCUUUCUCGCCUUCUCUCUUCGUCCCACAGAAAGCGCGAUCGCGAAUCGGCGCAGUAACUUGUCCUUUCUAGGACUGAGCUAUUUUUCAAGUGAAUGGUCACACGCGCAGUUCAGGGUCCAAGAUUAUCGCUCCAUAGUCUGCUUCGCCUCCGAGCCCAACACUAUAGUGGUGGCUUGCGCAAACGGGUAAAUAUGAAUUCAAGUUUUAGCAGUUAGCAGGAUACUUUAGGAUACUUGUUGAUAGUUACCCUUUUCUCUUUUAUAUCUUCCUCUGGUCUGUCUUUUUUCUAGUUAGGUCGGCUCCACCACAAAUUCAAGUAACUCCUGUUUUAAGGUGCAACCUAUGUAUAGAUACGACUACCAGGCGGAGUACGUCAUCUUGGUCUUCUGCUAUAGUUGUGAUGAUGGAAACAGAUGCUAGUACAGACAAACGUUUGAUAUUAGAAUGUUCAUAAUGGCAACCAUAUAAACCUAUGGUCGGUCCUAGGUCUUACUUUAAAUGCCGUUUUGAUCCGGUUGCUGGUGGGGAGAUGGUCCGUGAAGAUUUCAAGACGUUUAGCGCAACAGAGGAGGGCGAAGGAGACUAACGAAGUUACGUGUAGAUGGAAAACGGAAUUAUCAUUUCUUUUCCCAAGUUGGGCAAAUGUGGGGGUGUCGAUCUUGGUAUCGCCCGCCAUCUGGUCUCUAGGGUGGUCGAGAAUGACUAUAACAGGGGCACAUACAUACAGGUGACGAGGCUCAACUAUGCGGAGAAAGUAGCGCUUACAUCCUCUUAUGGAUGUUAGCUUGAAGGCGCCCGAAAUGUGUUGGCCAUGUUAUCGAUAGACAACUGUAUCUUUACCAUCUGUGCUUGUUAGUUUUCGUACAUCAUGUAUGUAAAAGUAGGGACGAGUUCGAGCAAGGGGCAUGAAAGACAAGUAAGACUCGCUUAUGGAGUCCUGUGUCUGAUAGUCAAAUUGAUUUUGCGAUUUCCGAUCAUUCUAACUAGAACAUUCCAAAGAAACUGUUAGCCAAUAGCACUAGAAAUAUCAUUUGAGUAAUCAUUGUCAUUCAUUGUUUUUUUGUUUAUGGUCCAUAUUUUAUUUCGCUGAUGAUUCCGCGCGUGAAGAUGAACCUGAUAAGAUGUUGGUCUGAAGAUGAUCUGGGGCUUGAUGUGUAGAUGGAUCUUCUGAAGACGUGAGCAGGUACUAUCUAGUCGUGUCUACUUCUGACUGGCGACUCGCAGGUAUCAAUGAAUAUCGACGCGUCUUCAUGAAGGAUCAUCGUCGCCUCUUGCCUAUACGCUCACCCGUUCACAGGUGAGCCAACUCCUAUCCUAUCCAUCGUCAAUGUAGUUGUCUACAUGCGUAUUUUUGUAUUUCAGUCAUUUUGUUCAUCUCGGGACCACAAACUGCAGCCCAACUCUCAAAGAACUGGUUAAUUCGAAGAGGCAAGCAGGAAGAACAUCAAAUAUUUAUGGAGAUGGAGACAGGCAGACGUGUUGUGUCCGGGAACGAUGGGGAUGUUAAGAAUCAUCGUUAUAUAUUAAAUAUAUGACUCGGGGCCGGACGCCCCCCCCCUGUGGUCUGGUCUGUGGUGC